GGACUGCUGGGGCCCCAGGGCCAGUGCUCCUGUGAUAGCAUGGUAGCUAGGGCCAUGGCCAGCUUCCACCCUUCUGGCAUCACAUAAGCGAGCCUCCAUGGCUGAAAAGUGUGCCACAGCUUAACCUCCUUCCGUGAUGAACUCGAAGAACCCCAAGAAGUGCCCCCGGUACAAGAAGAGUAGAAAGAAGGCCCAGGAAAAAUUUGCCAGGAAGUUUCCAUACAGGUUCUCUUGGCUGACGGAACCUACUGUAGAGUUCCUGAAGCCCUGGGAGGUCACGAAGAUGACCACUACACUGAGGGAUCAGCUGCCCCUGCAGAAGACUUUGGUGCCAACAAGAUCCAUUCCAGUCAGAGGGCUCCACUUCCAAGCUGAGGAAACCAAGGCCCAGAAAGGAGACACUGAAGUCCAGUGGUCCCUCCCACAGCAAGCAGUUUGUGGGAGAGGCUGCACAGGACCCUCGGGUGGGCAGGCCCUGGCCUCACCUGAAGAGGGCCCUGUCCACAUGUAGGGAAACAGGCCUGAGUAGGCAGCUUAGCCAACAUCCGUCCACACAGCAGAGGCAAAACAGAAGAGCCCACAAGUUUCUGGUCUCCUUGCAGCCUGCUCUGAGGGUGGAGGCACUGACGGGGGACUUCACGCUCGCCACUUCUAGACUGACCAUGUACUCACAGAUGUACCCCCCACACACGGGCACACACAGUGAAACACCCGGACACCCUUGGAAAGACCCCACACAUGAACAUUUCACAUACUCGCCCUAAACUGGAACUCAGAUCCAGGCUGUCCCUGGGCCAUCACACACCAGCUGUGACAUAAUGCAGGGCUUCUGUGACCAGUUGGUGGAGAGGGGCAUCCACCCCACCUCCCACGGACCCCAGCUCCACUGUAACUGCCUCAGCACCUCCCUCCAACUCUAAGGCUGAUGUAGCUGUUGGAAGAGACAGACCAGGGGAGGAGCAGCGGCCUCCCAGGGGAAGUGGCCAUGCAGUGCUGGUGCACCUGCUGGCGGCCGUCCAGCCACUGGAGGAUGACAUUCAUUCAGUGUCUGCGCAGGCCUGGUGGACCAAGUCCUGGCUGUGUCUGAGGCACGGCGCGGGACCCCUGUUGGGUUCUGACGUGGACAUGGGGGGUGGCGUUUGGGAGGGCAGCAGAGGCUCAGUGUGGGGUCCCAGGGCAGGUCUGGGCUGGGAGCAGUCUUGGUCGUGGCCCCAGCCGACACCUCUGGACCCGUGGGGUUCUGUGUGGC